AUGGUGGAGACACGCGAGUUGACUUUAUGCCAUUUCGUGUCUUUGAGAAGAAUGACAAACAUUCUUUCCAUGUUCGCUGCCUCAGCUGCAAUCAUAGUUGUAUGUAACUGCGUGUCAACGAAAAUAGAUUUUGUUGAGAGUGAAAAAGAAAGUGAUUCCAAAGAAGAUGAUGUAGAGGUGAAACACACGAUUGUCGUUUCGACUAAACUUAAAAAUAAAGGACUACAUUCAACAGCUCAACCUGAUGCUCUAUUCCUGUCGAGGGGAACCAAAAAGACAAAACAGGAAGACAGCGGAGAAGUGCCCAUAGUAAAAGCUUACAAAUCAGUUGAUACUACAUUAAUAAGAACACCAGAUACACGAUAUAAACCAACUCAAAGACCAUACAUCAUCAGGGAUGAGUUUGACUUAUACCCAAACACGGCGUUUUCCCAAUGGCAACCAUCUUCAUUCUACAAAAAUAUUAACUAUUGGAACGAAUUCAAUAGACCCAGGACUAAUCAUAGACAAGACCCUCGCAGAAGAAUUGAUGAUGAUUCUCGAGAAUUCUAUUGUCGAAAAUGCAAAGAACUUACUAAUGGAUCAAAUAGAGGCUGUGGGCAAAACCCAAAUUCUUGGUUACGUGAGAGCACAACUCCUAAAGUAAAGGUUGAUGGCAAAUUAACGAAAUUAAAGUAA